AUGAAGCCUGGCAAUCUGCCAAUGCGCGCACAGUCGCGGCCAGUAUGUCAGUUGUGUGACUACAUACUGCAGAAGCCUGCAAGCCGCCGCGCAUUCCUCUCCGCAUCCUCCCUCCGAACACCCUCGAUACGGCGGCAAAACGCGCGAACCACGACUCUGACACCCCGUAUAUCAUUACGAAGCAUCGCGACAACACCUCGGACGGCAGCAGCGAUUGACGCACGCGACGAUGGCGGCCUACACACAUCCGACAGAAUUGCGGCGUUGAAGAGCCACCUUGCCCAGGUGGAGGCCCGAAUACAGGAAAUAUUCAAUUCACCCAAGGUCGAGAAGGAGCACGUUAUAAUGGAGGCGUUUGAAGGACUGGACAGUAUUGCGCAAGAAGCCAUCGCCAUACGCGCACGCCAGCCUCAACUACAGAAGGCGGCAAUAAGGCAGAGCUCAGCGGGCGCCAUACUCUCUGGACUGGAUGGGGACGAGAGGGCGGAGACGGCGAAGAGAAAGAGCUCGAAAAUGCUGGGACUGGAUGCCCUGCCCUCGCCAUCGUAUCUUUCGAAGCUCGCCGAGCAUCUCCUAAAGCACGAGAAAGUCUUCCUAUCACCGAACGUCCUCGCGAUAUACAUCCACCUGCAGCGACUACUCGCCCGGCCAAAGACCAUUCCCGAGGCACUUUACCUCUACGCCAACAAACCAGUCCCAGUGGAAGGCUCGUCACCACCCAAGUUCUCCAAGCCCUCGCCCAAGUCCGCAAAGCAAGUCAUUCCAGCUGAUCUCGCUGACGAAGCGCUCACGGCCGCCAUCGACGCGAAAGACCUAGCACUGGCCCUCGAUGUCGUCGACCACACCUACCGCGCUCCUGCAUGGCGGCGGCAUCGCAUACUCACAAAGAUGGGCUUACCGGGGGUACUCGUCGGCCUCACGCCACUCGCUCUCUACAUGAUCGCCCAAGAGCUCUCCGUCUACAGUGGCUUCAUCGAUCCAUGGACCUUCAAGCUCUACGCCUUCAUGGGCAUGAGCACGUAUGUCUUGUGCACCGGCACGCUCGGGUUCGUCGCCCUUACAACAUACAACGAUCACCACGACCGAGUGGUCUGGCGGCCUGGUGUACCGCUGCUGGAUCGAUACAUAAGGGAAGAUGAGCGGGCGGCGUUGGAUCGUAUUGCAUGCGCAUGGGGUUUCAAGGAAGUGUGGAGACGGGGUGAUGAAGAGGGAGACGAUUGGGAGGGGUUGAGGCAGUUGGUCUUGCUCCGGGGUAUGGUGCUCGAUAAGCCGGAUCUGAUGCCUGGUAUGAAUCCUGGAAGAUAG